CAAAGCGCAUGCGCUGCAUGUUGUACGUUGUGGCACCGCCAAGAUGAAGUCCCGUUUCAGCACGAUCGACAUUCGUGCAGCGAUCGCCGAACUAAGGAACAGCCUCCUUGGCAUGAGAGUCAACAAUGUCUACGACAUAGAUAACAAGACCUACCUCAUUCGACUCCAAAAACCCGAAUUCAAGGCUGUGUUGCUGAUCGAAUCUGGAGUCCGAAUCCAUACAACUGAGUUUGAAUGGCCCAAGAACUUAAUGCCAUCUGGGUUUGCGAUGAAGUGCCGUAAGCAUCUCAAGACUCGUCGUCUGGUUUCCGUGGAUCAACUCGGUGUGGACAGGAUUGUUGAUUUCCAGUUUGGCUCUGAUGAAGCAGCCUACCAUCUAAUAGUAGAGCUUUAUGACAGGGGUAACAUUGUCCUGACAGACCAUGAAUACAUCAUUCUGAACCUGCUGAGAUUCCGCACUGCUGAGGCUGAAGAUGUCAAGUUUGCUGUGCGAGAACGGUAUCCAGUGGAAAAUGCCAAGGGGCCAGAACCUCUGCUGGAGCUGGAUAGGCUUACUGAAAUUCUGUCAAAAGCACAAAUGGGUGACCAGCUGAAGAGGAUCUUGAACCCUCAUCUUCCCUAUGGCGCAUCCCUAAUAGAACACUGCUUGAUUGAAGUGGGCUACUCUGGCAAUGUUAAAGUGGAUGCACAAUUUGACAUCUCCCAAGAAGCUCCAAAAGUGCUAGGUGCCCUGCAGAAGGCUGAAGAAUUCAUGGAUAUAACCUCUAAAUUCUCUGGAAAGGGUUUUAUAAUUCAAAAGCGAGAAAAGAAGCCAAGCUUGGAACCGGACAAACCCCCAGAAGAACUACUUACCUUUGAAGAGUUUCACCCAUUCUGCUUCUGCCAGUUCUCAAAGAGCCCUUUUGUGGAAUUUGAGUCUUUUAAUAAGGCAGUAGAUGAAUUUUAUUCCAAAAUGGAAAGUCAGAAGAUUGACAUAAAGACACUACAGCAAGAGAAACAAGCCUUGAAGAAGCUGGAAAAUGUCCGCAAGGAUCACCAGCAAAGGUUGGAGGCCCUCCACCAGGCCCAGGAACAUGACCGUCUGAAAGGGGAGCUGAUCGAAAUGAACCUCCCUGUGGUAGAGAAGGCUAUCCAGGUAGUGUGCAGUGCUCUGGCCAACCAAGUGGACUGGACAGAGAUUGGACAAAUCGUAAAGGAGGCACAAGCCCUGGGUGAUCCUGUAGCCUGUGCCAUCAAAGAGCUGAAACUGAACAUGAACCAGAUAACAAUGUCACUCAGGGAUCUGUAUGCCUCUUCUGAUAGUGAGGGCAAUGAGGAAGAGGUGAAUGAAAUGGAAGAAGAGGAAGAGAAGAGCAGCAAAAAGAAGAAGAAGAAGAAAAACAAAGGCCGGCAGCAACAGAAAAAUCAGAUUCAACGGAAUAAGCCUGUAAUGAUUGACAUCGACCUCAGUCUGUCUGCUUACGCCAAUGCCAAAAAAUACUAUGAUCACAAGAGAUAUGCUGCUAAGAAGGAGCAGAAGACUGUGGAAGCAGCGGAAAAGGCUUUUAAAUCGGCAGAGAAAAAGACAAAGCAGACAUUAAAAGAAGUCCAGACAGUGUCCACUAUCCAGAAGGCCAGAAAAGUCUAUUGGUUUGAAAAGUUCCUCUGGUUUAUCAGCUCUGAAAACUACCUCAUCAUCGCAGGUCGAGACCAACAACAGAACGAGAUGAUAGUCAAGCGCUACCUCAAGCCAGGUGAUAUCUACGUCCACGCUGAUCUCCAUGGUGCUACCAGCUGUGUGAUCAAAAACCCUUCAGGGGAGCACAUUCCUCCACGCACAUUGACAGAAGCUGGCACAAUGGCUGUAUGCUACAGCGCUGCCUGGGAUGCCAAAGUCAUCACAAGUGCUUGGUGGGUCCACCAUCACCAGGUGUCCAAGACGGCACCCACUGGAGAGUACUUGACCACUGGAAGUUUUAUGAUAAGAGGUAAGAAGAACUUCCUUCCCCCAUCAUAUCUGAUGAUGGGCUUCAGCUUUCUCUUCAAGGUGGAGGAAUCCUGUGUUUGGCGGCAUAAAGGAGAGAGGAAGACCAAGUGUGUGGAGGACGAUGGGGAGACGGUGGAUAGCACUUCAACAGAGAUGGACACAGAGCUUCUUGGUGGUGACAGCAGCAGCGAGGAGGACAUGGAUGAGCAGGAGCCACAGAAAAGUAUGCCAGAGGACAGAAGUGAACAGCACUUACCAGUUCAUCAGGAGGAGAAUGAGAAUGAGGAGGAAGUGGAAGAAGAAGUGGAAGUGGAAGAGGAGUUCGACACGCCUCCCCAGGCUGGAGAAUCCCAGAAAGGCGACAACAUUAGCUUUCCAGACACCAGCAUUGAACUGCCACACCUGCGGCCUCAGAGGCCCCUUCAGACUACAAAGUCCUCAAAGACGGAGGCAGCACUGCAGGAUGACACCUCAAUGUCUGGAAGAAAGUACAUGUCAGCAAAGGAGCGCAGGGAAAUGAAGAAGAAACAGCAGCAGCAGAGUGUGUCUGAACCUCCAGCAGUGCCCCCUGAAAGUGGGCAGAGUGACUCCAAGAGCAAUGCAUCCCAGCAGCCAUUGAAACGAGGCCAGAAGAAUAAACUAAAGAAAAUGAAAGAGAAAUACGGAGAUCAAGAUGAAGAGGACCGGGAGCUCCGCAUGAAACUUCUGGGGUCUGCAGGACCCAGCAAAGAAGAGAAAUCAAAGAAAGGGAAAAAAGGAAAGACGAGAGAUGAACAGCAAAGCCGACCGGCACAGAACAAAGGGUCACAACAGGGGACCUCUGGCAAGGACCAUCCUGGCAAAGUGGCACAAAAAAGAACAUCUGGCGAGGAGCUGGCUAAUCACGUUCAAGCUCUGAGUCUGGACAGUGUGGCAAAUGAACUGGACAAGGAGCUGGAAGACCAGGACCAGGAAGUGCAAGGACAAGAGGAGGGAGAGACGCUGCUAGAUGCACUGACCGGUCAGCCACACCCAGACGAUGAGCUGCUCUUUGCCAUUCCUGUGUGUUCCCCCUACUCGGCCUUAGUAAAUUACAAAUACAAAGUCAAACUGACCCCUGGAACUCAGAAGAAAGGCAAAGCUGCCAAAACAGCAGUGCACAGCUUUAUGCACGCCAAGGAUGCCUCACCUCGAGAGAAGGAUUUGUUCCGCAGUGUAAAGGACACCGAUCUAUCCCGAAACAUACCAGGGAAGGUGAAAGUUUCAGCACCCAAUCUUUUGGCAGUUAAGAAGAAGUAAGCUGGCUUUUGGCAUCAAGAAUUGAAGGCAACGGAUUAAAACGCAUUUGAUCAGGCGGAGUGGGCAGCCUCCUGGAACUUGGGACUGAAAAAGUGAAGAUCACCCAAUGCCUAAAUUAAGAGACAUAGCUCAGAACUUACUUCAUACCAUGACUUUAAUGUGAGUCACAUAAUUUGCACUCUUUCUCUCAGACGUUUGCUAUAAAAGGCACUUUUACUGCUUUGAAAUAACGAGUUUCAAAUUUAGGGGGUGCUUAAGCCCAACCGAUUACAUAUAAAACACACAAGCAGCAGAAAGUGGUUUGAUGGCAGUCCACUAUCUUGCUUAACUUGGAGCUGGUUUAUCAACUGCAACAGGGCUGCUUCUUGACAUUUUUAAUAAAUAAAUAAAAAAAAAAAACAAA